UUUCCAAGACCUCCGGAAACACGCCCACUUUACGUCAUGGUAACGAAACCCCUGGAAUUUAGUAAAUGCCGUCUUGAAAAAAACGGGUUGUUGCCACGGAGAUGUCUUGAAAAACACAACAAAUUGAUGAUGGAGGUGACUUUAGCGGUUUUAAGCUAGCUAGUAAUGUUAGAAAGUAGGUAGAAAAGCAGCGAGAACGCUAAUGCAUAUCGAUUUAGUUUAGUCACAGCGUUGUUUAUGAGCAGAAGCAAAGUAAAUAUGUUUUUAAUAGUAAAGGAUAGAAUCAUAGCACGAUCAACUACAUGUAGCAUAUUUCAAGCCAGGAUUGAUAGAGCUACUGAUCUGUAAAACUUUUAUUAUUAUUAUUAUUAUUAUUAUUAUUAUUAUUAUUAUUAUUAUUAUUAUUAUUAUUAUUAUAUUUUACAAAGGUGUACAGGUGUUAAACCCCUCUAGUAACAGGUUUUAACAGCUAGUGCCUCAUUUAAAUAAAAGCUUUGCAGAGGACAGUGGGUUAAUGAAGAUACGUUGCAAAGUAUCUUCAUUAACGAUAGGUACGGAUAAAGACAUGGAAGCAUACGAGCAAAUUCUUGAACUUGGCAGAGGAGGAGCGGGUGUCGUCUUGCUGAUGAGACACAAAGAAACAAAGAAGCUCUAUGCUGUGAAGAAAAUAGAAGUUGACAACUCUCGAAAAAUAAAGUCCAAAGACAACAUACUGCAAGAAGCUGAAAUUCUGAGGAAUCUGAAACACCCCCAUAUUGUGAUGUGGAGCGACACGUUCUGUGAUCCAGCAAAAGGGCACAUCUGCAUUGCUAUGGAUUAUUGUGAUGGUGGGACGCUGGAUGAUCAGAUUAAAGGCAGAAAGGCUGAAGAAUAUUUCUCAGAGGCUACAGUCAUGAGAUGGUUCGUGCAGAUCGUUAUGGCGGUCAGUUACAUUCAUUCUGUAAGAAUUCUACAUAGAGAUAUUAAGCCCUCUAAUGUACUGCUAACAAAAAGGGGGGUGAUUAAGUUGGGAGAUUUUGGAAUAUCAAGGAUCAUGAGCCACACACUGGAUAUGGCCUCCACAUGCGUAGGGACACCCAGCUACCUCAGCCCUGAGCUGUGCCAGGAUGUUCCAUACAGCACCAAAUCUGACAUAUGGGCCCUUGGCUGUUUGCUGUAUGAGCUUUGCGCACUUAAACAGGCUUUUAUGGCUAAAAAUCUACUUAGCUUGUUUUAUAAGAUUAUAAAGGGUGAAUUCAGCCCAGCACCUGCGAGCUAUACAGAUAGACUUCACACUCUGAUUGAGAAGAUGCUGUGCUUAAUUCCUGACAGCAGGCCAAGUGCUAGCUGCAUCCUGUCCAUGUCUUAUGUUCAGGAACAGCUGGAACUGUUUAUUCAGCAUCAGGAGACAGAAUUGACAAAGGUUAAUGCUGAACCUAUACCUGCCGAGAACGAAGAUAUCAUAUUAACCUGGAACAAAACUGUUUGUAUUGAAGUGCCUGAAGCUGAGAAAAUGGAAGGAAAUUGUCAAACACCUGCUAUUGUAGAAGACGAGAUGACACAUGCUGGGACUGAGUCUGAUUAUUCCGAAGACUUUGAUGAAAAUGACAGCAUGUCAUCCAUUGAAGAUGACUCAAAGAAAAAUGCCUCCUCCUCUUGUUUAUUGCACGAGGGAGUUGAAGAAGAGCUGCACGGUCUCCCUGAUGAUGUGGAUGCUAAUGAGUACCCAGAUGACUUUGAGGAUGAGGAUGAAUUGGCUGAAGUGGUGAGCUGCGCUCGAAAUGCCAUGCAGACUCUAACAGAUGAAUCUCUUGAGCUAAAGGACAGCGACGGUCCAUCUGUCACUAUGAGAACUCUGAGAGAGAAGUACAUAGAGGAUGUUGGCCCUUCGCUUUAUGAGGAGAUUAGUGAACAUUUUGUGACCGGCUUGAAACCAGAGGACCUUCAGCCACAGUUCCAGCACAUAGUAGGGAGCGACCAUCUGGAGACCUGCUACCUCAUAUUCAACAUUGACCAAGAGACCACGUGUUGAGCAUGCAGCCUUCUUAAAGACCUUAAAAGACUUGACAAUAUGCUUUUACAUUGCAAUAUAUUUAAUAAGUAAUAGCAAUUCAUAGUCACUUUGGUCACAUUAUCUAUGAAUAAUAAUAAUAAUAAUAAUAAUAAUAAUAAUAAUAAUACGAAGAAGAAGAAGAAGAAACCUGAGGCAAAAAAAACCCUUUCACUUAAUAUUUAUUAUAAUCUUCUAAUAUUAUAUGCCUAUAUGAUUUACACCAAUGUAUUUAUAUGUGUAUGAACUCAGAUAUAUUUACAGGAGUUAUAUCGACAGUACUAUAUCUUAUUAACAGCAGAUGGCAGUCUGUAGACAGAAAAUGAAUUUGAGCGUGCUUUUUUAUCCUGUCGUAUAUUUUCUUGUGCUCAUGACACAUCUUGGCAAAUGGUUGCUUCUGCUCUUAAUAUGGUGAUGACGAUAAUGAUGUUUACUGAUGGUGGAGAGAGAGUGGCCUAAAAAUACUAGAAAUACUGCCUGGUACUGAGUCAGAGGGAGAUUGAAUAACAAACACAGUGUGAUGUUUAGUUUUAAGUGAAACCAUACACCAAAGUGUGAUUACCAAUUUUUUUUUUAAUAAAAAUGCUUUAAGUUG